AUGAUGAAGUGGAGGCAGCUUUUCUGGAUUGCGUUCUGCGUUGUGGAGUUGUCUGGUAAAGCUUCGACAGACACAGCCACGGCCACGGCCACAGUCAGGGCAACGAAAGGCGGCGGCAGCACGGCAGCACCCGCAGCACCCACAUCCCCCGGAGCCCCCAGAAGCGCUGAGCCAAGGCCAGAGACGUCCGCUGCGCUGGAGUCUCUGGCAGCCAGCCCCACCUCCCUAGGGCUCAGCAGCAAGCGGACGACCCCACAGCCCAGCCAAGCCCCCCCGCUGCUGCUGGGCACCCCCAUGGAUGCAAACCACGUCAGCCGAGGGGUCUCCACGACCGAGAUCCCAGAGACACAACCCAGCACGAUGGCAGAAACCCUGGGGUCCACGCUGGCACUGACGAGCUCUCCUGUCACCUCGGGGCAUUCUCCUGUCUCGACUGCCACCACGCCACUGCACACAGCCGGGAACAGCCCGAAGAACAUCUCAUGCCAUAAUGUCAAAGAAGUGGGUGACACUGGAGCCGUCUGUCUGCAGCUCAAAGAGCCCAGCACUUGCAAACAAUUUUUAGAGAUGAAGGGAUCGGACUUGUGGAGUGCAAUAUGUGAGGAGAGCGCCCUCCGCCUUCCCUCCCCCUGCCAGAUCAAACUCGCUAAAUCCGAGGUGGACCGUGACUGCCUGCUCCUCAUCCUCGCCACUGAGAGAGAUCCUGCUCCAGAUAUGCUUCAGGAGUCUCAGUGGGAGAAGUUUGGAAUAAAAUCCGUUAAACGGGGGAGCGUGAGGAACCACCAGGACUUUUCUCAGAAGACCCUGAUCGCCUUGGUCACAUCUGGACUCUUGCUGGCGUUCCUGGGCUUGGCUGGAUAUUUCCUGAUGAAGCGGCGGAGCUGGAGCCCCGCGGGAGAGAGGCUGGCUGAAGACCCAUAUUACACGGAAAACGGUAGCCAGGGAAACACGAUGUUGAUGAUGCCCCCCCAAGAGCAACCCGACCUCUCAGAGAAGCCGAACCUCAACGGUGGGACUCAGGAGAACGGGACCGGCCAAGCGUCCUCCAAAAACGGCCACUCAGCCCGGCAGCACAGCCCCGCCGACACCGAAAUGUGA